CGCGGCUUCUCGGGCACGCUUCAGUUUCAAGUAAAACACGACUCGGUUGUAUUCGAGAAGGAUCUUUCGUUAUUUAACCCGUUAAUAAAUAAACAGAAUCGUCUGAAAAUAUUCUACAAGUCGGACUUUCACUUGGGAACUUCUCGAGACUGGUUUUUUUACGGUUUUGUUGCUUUCGAGCGAGCAUCCGCGGAGGGAACGUGGGGACAUCUUUUCCAACGGUUUCGAAUACCUCGCAAUAAUAAAUUCGAAUUUUGGAUUUUUUCCUCGGGACUGCUUCUCGCAAGCUUAUGCCAAAAUCGGUCUCCGAGGACGCUAUGUCCUUAUUGAAAUUGUAUUUCAACGGAGAAUUCUAUAUUCGCCCUUGGCAGAGAAAAAUUUUCGAGAAGAGGUGAUCGCUCUCGAUAUCUUCCUCUCGCUCGCUCGAUCCUCGCUCAUCAGCUGCCUGCGAAGAAGACAAAAAUAGAAAGAACAAGCAAACUGAUCGGAAAGUAUCGAUAACUCCUCCGCAUUCGUCUUCCAGUAGCUUAAAAAGAGGCUGAAUAUUUUCUGUGGCGGAAGCUGACGGACCACUGUCAUAAUGGAUCUCGUCUACAUGCCCGAAGUGCUGACGUUUGGCUCAUUCAGAGCACCGGUCUACCGCGAUUACGAGCAGCCUUGGAAUCGGGAUUAUUUUAAUUAUGGCAAAUCCUCAUUGAACAAUUGUUCUCGACAGCAACAAGCGCCAAAGACACCGUCCCAGUCGAAGCACAACUGCCAGUUGUGCAAAGAGAGCAAAAGGCGCACCUUGGGUGCUUACAUCAGAGGCAAACCGCGCCUGAAUUCGUGCAGCGAAAUAAGCGAAGAGGAAGACGAGAACGUCAACAAUUCGUCGGAAAGUACUGAGAAGAAGGAGACUGACACGUCGAAAUCGUGCAAAACAGAAAAGUAGCUUUUCAUCGAAUCUACGUGCAGAAUGCACGAGGGGAGCGAGAGAGAAAGAGAAUGAGAAAGACAGGAAGAAACAAUGCUUCGCCCAUUAUUCCACCUGAAUAUUCAUAUAGAUCCAACGAGAAAAAAACAGCAAUCAUUCUACGAGCAGGAAAGUUUGCCUUGAGAAGGAUCAAGACCUCUUCGAUCUACGAUCGCAUUUUUUCUCCCGAUCCAGAAUUUUUUGCGUUUCGUUCAAUGACGCAUAAUAUAAACGCAAAUGACUCGAUGUGACGCUGACGAGUAAUGAUACUAUUUAUAAAGCACGUAUUUUUACGUUUUAACAUAUCAAUAAGCCUCGAAUGAAAACGAGUUUUACUGCGGGAAAUCUCAAACCCGGUAAUAACAGGAGAAAUUUCAACGUUCUUCGAAAACUCGUGAGGACCAAUCGAAGUUUUCGAAUCGUUUGACGGAAUGGAAAAUCGUUAGAAAGUAGUUUGAUUCGUUGAGUUAGUCAAAUCGAUUUUUAAGCCCAUGUAAAUUUAAAUAUUAUACUGCUGCAUUUUUUUUAUAUAGAUUAAUCAUGAAUUAUGAUCGAAUUAUUACCAUUUCAUCGAAAAAUACCAUUCCUGUAAACGCUUCUGUUAAUCUCUCUUUCGUGGACAUUAACACUGUUCUUCAUUUUCAUUUUUCACUAAGAGUUUGAGGUGUUUUGUCGGUUUAUAAAUUUUUCAUAUCGAUGACCUGUAUUUUUCAUAAGGAAACACGUCUUCUGCAACAUAAAUUUCGACUUUAAUGAUGACACGAUUUGUAAAAGUUUGAAAUUCGAUUCGAUUGAUGGACUAAUCGGAAAAUUUGAUCGAUGACACACAAAAAGUAAUUGUGGAUCAGUCAAAUUUGACACAAUUCAGUAAAGUCGUAUUUCAAGUUCUAAAAUCUGCAGUAAAAUGGUAAAUCAAAUGGGAAAAAUGGAAAGUAACGUGCAAAAAAUGAACGAUUGUGUGAUAAGUUUCUAUCGAAAUUGUCGUGAUCCUUGAGUUUCUCUUUGCUUUGCUCAGGUAUUGCUAAUUAUGUUCUGAGCUCAUUGUUCGCACGGGGAAUAAUAAGCGUGUUAAUUAAUGGAUUAAACAGGUGGCAGAUGGAAACCGAGAGCUGGCAUAGUACGAGGGCAACAGUGGGGGAUUGAGCAUGAAAAGUCGUCUUUGUUUUCAAGAUUUUUCGAAGAAUUUCUAAAGAAGCAUCGCAGCAAAGCAGAAUGUGUCUAAAUUUUGAUUCAAAAAAAAAAAAAAAAAAAAAAGAAAAGACAGCGAAACUUCUGCUCGAGAAUGAAAAAUUUAAUUUUCAAUCGCGUAUACAAAUCGACCAAAAUAAUCAAAUCGCCAAAACGAGCCAUGUUAAUCAUAUCUGCCGCAAAUAUUGUGCAAAUAAAUAUGAAGUUUGUUUCAUGUUUCAUGUUUGUAAAGCUGUGGGAGCGAGCAAGGUUUGCUUUUCGUUUUUAAGCUAUAAAUAAGACUGAUGAUUGAGAAUUAUUCAUAACAGGAUUAAAGAUGUAAGAGACGAUUAGCAUAAUUGAUUCGAGUGAUAAUUAAGUUUAGAUGAUAAAACGAAAAGAAUAAUGAAAAAUGCUUUAUUGAAGUUUAUGAAUAAAAAUGAAUACUUUUGAAAGUGAAA